AGUACUCUUCCACGCAAUGGGGCCACCACUCACGGCCUCUACUCCGCCUUCCUCCUCCGUCUGGACCACUUUCACUCUCUCUCUCUCUCUCUCUCUCUCUACAUUUGGCCCCAAAUUGGUUCUUCGGAGCAACUUUUCGAUUUUUGUUCACUGGCCUUUCCUAAUUCUCCUUUAAAUUUAGCUUAAUUAUCCAAUUUGUCGUCAUUUUUAGGAAUUGAUCGAUAUAUAUAAAGAGAGAGCUACGAUUAUAGUAUGGCUAUGGAGGAAGAGAGCGCAGAGCAGCUGUUGAAGAAGCUGAUCGACAUUGUCAACGAGAUCUCUUCCAUCUCCGGCUUCAGGUGUGUGGUUAGGAGGCAAUGUCGCGAUCUUUCGAGGCGGUUGAAGCUCUUGAUGCCCUUAUUCGAGGAGAUCAGAGACCAAAUCUCCCAAGAGACUCUGAACGAUUUGAUUUCGUUGAAAGAAGCUCUCGAAUCGGCUAAAGAAUUGCUCGGAAUCUGCAGCCGCGGCAGCAACAUCUUGCUGGUAUUGCAAUCAGAGAAAAUAAGGAGUAAAUUCAAAGAACUGGCUGUUCAAUUUGAACAAGCUCUAAGAUUUGUUUCCUAUGACAAGCUUGACAUUCCAGAUGAACUUAAGGAACAGGUUGAACUUGUUCAUUCUCAAUUUGCAAAAGCCAAAGAAAGAAUUGAAGAGCCUGAUUUGCAGCUGUAUGAGCAUCUGUUCUCCAUUUACAACCAGAGCAGUGAUGCGGAUAUUGAACCAGGUCUCACAAGGACAUUGUGUGAAAAGCUAGAACUAAUGACCAUUGAACAACUUAAAGAAGAAUCACUUGCUUUAGAUGAGAUGGUUAUGUCCUGUGGUUGGGAUGUGGUUCAAACCAGAGAGAAGAUGUUGAUGGUAAUGAAAAAAUUUGAAGACUGCGUGAGGGCCGAACAUCCCAACAUCAGUAUUCCUGUGUGUGAGAAUUGGUCUGGUAGUGAUCAAACACACACCAUCCAAAGCCCCAAAUCGCCAUUUGUGCCAGAUGAUUUCCGUUGCCCAAUAUCACUAGAAUUAAUGAAAGAUCCUGUCAUUAUAUGCACAGGGCAGACCUAUGAACGAGCUUGUAUAAAGAAAUGGCUUGAAGCAGGACAUGGAACUUGUCCAAAAACGCAGCAGAAACUUUUUAGCACCACCCUCACACACAACUAUGUGUUAUCUAGCAUAAUAACUCGUUGGUGUGAAGACAAUGGGGUGGAACCACCCACAAGAUUGGGCAAUUCUCGGCUAGGUAAGACCUCUGCCUGCUCCAUUGAAGGUGUGGACAUUGAUGCUCUCUUAAGCAAGCUCACAUCUGGCAACAUUGAAGACCAGAGGGCUGCUGCAGGUGAGCUGCGCCUUCUAGCCAAGAACAAUGGCAAUAAUCGCAUGUUCAUAGCCCAGGCCGGUGCAAUCCCCCUCCUUGUUGGCCUCCUCUCCACGCCCGACACUACCACCCAAGAACAUGUCAUUACCUCUCUCCUCAACUUGUCUAUUUGUGAGGAUAACAAAAGAGGCAUCGUAUCUUCUGAGGCUGUUCCUGGAAUCCUUCAUGUCCUGAAACACGGUAGUAUGGAAGCACGAGAAAAUGCGGCAGCCACUAUAUUCAGCUUGACAGUAUUGGAUGAAUUCAAGGUGACAAUUGGCUCUUCGGGAGCAAUCCCAACAUUAGUAACAUUGCUGAAAGAAGGUAGUCCGAGAGGGAAGAAGGAUGCAGCAGCGGCGCUUUUUAACUUGUGCAUAUUCCAAGGGAACAAAGUACGGGCGAUAAGGGCUGGUUUAGUACCGUUGCUCAUGACACUGCUGAUCGAACCUGGCAGUGAAAUGGUGGAAGAGGCAUUGGCGAUCGUUGCGAUGCUAGCUAGCCAUUCUGAGGGGAAAGGAGCGAUUGGAAGUUUCAAGGCCGUGCCGCUUUUUGUGGAUCUGGUUCGAAAUGGAUCUCCGAAGAGCAAAGAGAAUGCUACGGCAGUGCUGGUGCAUCUUUGUGCCGGUGAUCAACAGUACCUUUCAGAGGCUCGAACCCUUGGCGUGGUUGAUCCGCUGCUGGACUUGGCAGAGAACGGCACGGAUAGGUGUAAGCGGAAGGCUGCACAGUUGCUCCAGCUUCUAUUGGACCCCACGGAGCCUGUUGGUGAAGCUCAGGUGCAAACUGGUGGACCGUCUGAUACCCAAACUCGGUCCAUACUGUUGCCAGUAACAGCCGGUGUUGAUGAUAGCUAAGGACCUGUUUGGCUUCUCAUGGGUUUUGUUCGAUUAGCCUUUUGGGAAGCGACUAUUGUUUGGUAUAUACAUAUAUAUAUAUAUAUAUAUAGUCUAGUAUGAAUCUAUUUUGUGGGAUUUGUAGAGGGAGAAAUAGAAAAGAGUUGUUUGAAGAGAGGAAGAAAAUUAUUGAAACAGAGUGGUCAUUUUGUGCUGGCCCUCAAUUUUUAUUGGCAAUAUAUAUAUAUAUAGAUAUAUAUAUAGUUGUGAAGGAAUCAGAAUAUGAUGUUAUAAAGAAGGAAAGUAAUUGGGAAUAUAAUUCUUGCCACAGACCAUUU